AUGAAGGAAGAAUUAAGGGCGCAUUUUAUGUGGGUGGGUGUUUUGCUAGCGACUGCUUCCAUACCGUUAGUCAAAGGACAACAAGGAAACAGCAACGCUAAUAAACAUUCUCGAGAGAAAAGACUUUUAUGGCUGACUUCCGAUGGACGUUUGGCCCUACCUCCGGGUACAACACUAGUUAUAACUCCUACAUUGGGAUUGCCAUUUGUCAGGUAUCCACCUGAUGGUUUUCUAUCAAAUAUGUCAAUUAGUCUACCGUUUACGAUACAAUUUGAUAAAUUAGGACUUACCGAUAAUCAAAAUCCUUAUGGAGUUUUACCACCGACGCUUGAUAGAGGAAUGGGUAGAGCUGCUGGAAUGAUGAUUGCCGAUUAUAUUGCCGAACUUAUGAAUAAUAGGAGGCAUAAAAGAGAAGUUCCAAAACCGCCAUCAAAUGCUAAUUUUCACGGUGGUGAAAGGGCGAGCAAAUCUCCAUUUGCUGACGUUUUACGAGAAUACGUUGAAGCCGAACAAUCCGGAUACGAACAUGGAGAAUGUUGGAAAUAUUAUAAAAGUUGCUCAAAAUCACUUUUUACCUGGAGGCAUCAUAAUAAAUACGAGUAA